CAAACCAGCCACUCCUGGCUUACUUGUAAAUGGUGGUGGCUAUUCCCUCAGGGAUAUUCAACCAUGAACUUGUCCUCCACAGCUCUGCCUCUCACAAGUGCCCUGUGCCAACCUCUUCUCCCACAAACAGUAGGAAAUGUGAAAAAUCUUGGGUCCUAAAAGUGAUAUCCCAAUAGUUCUGGCUUGAGAAUGCCAGGUUUCUAGAAAAGGUUAGCACAAAGUGACUUCUGAAGUAAGACUGCAGCAAAAAGUGCCUACAACUUCCCUUACGUUCUUUUCUCAAUUCUAUUUUAGAUAUUCAAGUAUUCCAGAGGAAUGCAAGGCAAAGGCAAUUGGGCACUCAUUCUGGAGAAGUUUAGAUCUUUGAUUCAAAGGAAUUUAAGGACCUUGGGGCAAUUAUACUACAGAUAUAAAUAGUAAAAUGUUUUUUUUUAAAGUGCUCCCAAAUGAACUAGUUCCUUGAAUUUAGUUGAAAAUCUUUUGUUUUACACAGAACUUUUCUUUGCAGUGCUAUGACAAAAGAACCACACAUCCCCAAUACACGCAUCCAAUCUCCCUACAUUCACCCAUGCAUGUUCCUAUAGAUGUUCAUGUACAAUCACAGAGGGUUGAGAUGGGACUCUGUUCUCACUGGGGAAAACAAAUGACUUCUGAGAAGAAUAUAGCAAAGCUGGACAAAUCUCAGGUCAUUCUAACAAUACCCUGUGAGUGCAAAUCUCAGUCUUCUGCAAGAACAAGAAGUGCUCUUUAACUGCUGAGGCAUCUCUCCAGCCCCCAAAGUGUUCUUUCAGGAGAAGUGCUUCAACUAUCUCCCUCUUGGUAUUUGGAGCAGCCUAUGCAUCUAUUCACACUGUUCACUGCAUUAAUGAGGAAGUGAGGAAGCCUCUGGCAUACCUGACUUAGAGCAAGAUUGAUGAUUAGCUUCUAGAUUCUGGUCCUACUCCUAGGGUAAUUUCCCAGAGAAGUUAGCAAUACUAGCUCAUGGGAACUAAUAGCCAGACCACAUUAAGAUCAUAUCUACUACAUGGGGAAGGUCCAGGAGGGCAAGUCCAGGCAGGUUCUAGACAAGACAAGGGCACUGCCUGGAAGGGGCCUGUGGGGGCUGAGUGCAGGGCUGUAUCUGGCCCUCCAGCACAGCCAGACAGCUAAAAGCGGCCUGGACCACUGGUCAGGGGAUGACCAGAAACCGGAGCUUCUAGCUCUGAAUUCACCAGUUAUUUUGGCUCUGGUUUCUAUGUUCUCAUUUAUAAACUGAGUCCCUAGGGCUGCUGUGAGACAUGUGCGGUACAUGUUGGACAUUUGCACAGAGCCUAGUCCAUAGCAUGGACUUUGUGUUGGCCUAGACCCAAAAUGUUUCAAAGAUAUGAAUGACCAGUAAACAAGGUAAUUUUAAUGCACAAAGUCCACCAUCAUCAGUGGACAAAAAUCAAAUCUACUUACUGCCCCUCUUUAGAAAAUGGAAGCCUAUCAGCUUUAACAGCAGGAUACGUGCCAAGCCAAGAAAAAAGGAGCACGAAGCAUCUGAAUGUGCUUCAUCUUUGACUCUCAAAUUAAGUGGGCGGGCUUGUCAAAACUGUCAUGAGGACUCUGCCUGUAGGAUAGAGAGGGGGGCAGGUCACUCACUAGCUGAAGGCUUUUAAGUAUUUGACGGAAACACAGAUCACACAUCACAGAGAAGCAGAGGAAGAGCUUGAAGGAGCACACUUCACUCUGGAACAAAGCUACUGGGGUUUCCCUAUUGAUUCUGCCACAACAGACACCAUGGACGACGAUAUAGAUCCCUGGCUCUUCAACAUGUCCAGUGAUGACAGCGAGGAGCAUGAGCGUUUCCUAAAGUUCAAGGGGGUCUUUCUGCCCUGCAUGUACCUGACGGUGUUUGUCUUUGGACUGGUAGGGAACUCCCUGGUUCUGGUUAUAUACAUUUUCUAUCAGAAACUGAGGAGUCUGACAGAUGUGUUCCUGGUGAACCUGCCCGUGGCUGACCUGGUAUUUGUCUGUACUCUGCCCUUUUGGGCCUAUGCAGGCACCUAUGAGUGGGUCUUUGGCACGGUCAUGUGCAAAACUCUUCAUGGCAUGUACACAGUGAACUUCUAUGUGUCCAUGCUCACUCUCACCUGCAUCACGGUGGAUCGUUUCAUCGUAGUGGUCCAGGCUACCAAAGUCUUUAACCAGCAGGCUAAGUGGAAGAUCUGGGGCCAGAUCACUUGCUUGCUCACUUGGGUGGUCUCCCUGUUGGUCUCUCUGCCACAGAUCAUCUAUGCCAGAGUUGAACGUUUGGACACACACGUCUGUCAGUAUCACAGUGAGGCCAUUUCCACUGUGGUUCUUACCACGCAGAUGACCCUGGGGUUCCUCUUGCCAUUGCUCACUAUGAUUGUGUGCUACUCAAGCAUCAUCAAGACCUUGCUUCACGCUCGAGGUUUCCAGAAGCACAAAUCUCUAAAGAUCAUCUUUGUUGUAGUGGCUGUGUUCCUGCUGACUCAGACCCCCUUCAACCUUGCCAUUUUAAUCAGGAGCACAAGCAGGGAGUACUAUCACAUGAUUAGCUUUCACUAUGCCAUCAUAGUGACAGAGGCUAUAGCAUACCUUCGGGCCUGCCUUAACCCUGUGCUCUAUGCCUUUGUUGGCUUAAAGUUCCGGAAGAACCUCUGGAAACUUGCGAAGGACAUUGGCUGCUUCCCUUCCUUGGGAGUCUCAAGUCAGUGGAAGUCUUCUGAGGACAGUUCCAAGACUUGUUCUGCCUCCCACAAUGCAGAGACCACCAGCAUGUUUCAGUUGUAGUAGGCCUGGCCAGACUUGGAGAAGCUAGCAUCAGAAUUCUUAGGAGCAUCGCUAUGUCCAUUGGAUGCAACAAGAAAGGAUUUGCUUACAGAAUGUGGACUCUCGUGGAGAUGUCACUGAAAACUGUGGUGGUAUACAAAGCUUCUCAGAUGUAAACAUACCCUGUUCUUAAUAUCUUUACCUCAAUGCUCAGAGGAGAAUGUCUUGAGAUUUGUAAGCACUUUCUUUUUUCCAUCCCCAAGAAUGCCAACUCUAGAGAUCUCAGGUUCCCUUUUACCCAGUCUGGGGCUAAAUGUUGAAGAGGAGCUGCAUCAGCAAAGCUGUUGAUGGCAGGUACCAUGCAGGGCUCCUGAGUUCACAAGAUUCUUCUCUGGGCAAGUGGUGGAGAGCUGAGAACCCUCCCACACAAGUCUGGUCUAUGUGGCUCAGACCUGUCACCAGGCACCUGCUAGGGAUGAA